AUGGAAAUAAAGCAAGAAGCUAGUGAGAAAACUUGUAAAGUAGAAACAUAUGAUAGUCCAUUGAAUGCUCUCAAAAUUGAAAUUAAGGAAGAACCCAAGACAGAAACAGCAUCCGAUGCAUUUGAUUAUUUAAAAGAAUUCCCCGUAAAUAACGAAGUAAAACAAGAUGAAUAUAAAUUUACACUAUUUGAAGAAAAGCAAGCAACAACUAAAGAAAGUAAGUAG